AUGUCUCUAUCUCAGAAGUUACAGAAUCUAAUCAAAGGCCAUGGAAAACAGUCGCGAUCCGUCCCGUCAGAUCCUGUCAAAAGUCCGCACGCCAACAAUCAAAAGGUUGAACAAGAAAAGGGAAAUUACUCCAAGCUUAAUGCCAACAUGACUGCCCAGAAAACCUCACAAGCUAUUCAUGGCCACAACAUUUUGCCGGCUCAUGAUGGCCAAAAUAUUCGAGGCUCAAAAGCAGUCGACAGAGGAGCGCAUCUAAAUGAACAACAAGUGAAAAAAACCCCCAAAAUCGACAAAGAAGAACUGGCGCGUAUGGUCGCAGAAGAGAAUAAGAUCAAGGGAAAGCUACCUCAAUAUCCGGGUCUAGAACGAUGGCAAUUAAUCGAGAAAAUGGGCGAUGGUGCCUUCAGUAACGUUUAUCGUGCGCGCGAUCUACAGGGUAAGGCAGGAGAGGUUGCUAUCAAAGUUGUGCGCAAGUUUGAAAUGAAUUCGAGCCAGGGAGAUGCCCGACUUCAUCCGGACUUUAAGAAGCAGCCGAAAGUUGUCGAGCGGGUAAAUAUUUUAAAGGAAGUCUCGAUUAUGCGUGGACUAGACCACCCAAAUAUUAUUAAACUGGUUGACUUUUCGGAAUCAAAGCAAUUCUAUUACAUCAUACUCGAGCUUGCACCAGGCGGAGAGCUUUUCCAUCAGAUUGUUCGCCUUACUUAUUUCAGCGAAGAUCUAUCACGACAUGUCAUAGUCCAGGUCGCCCGUGCCCUUGAAUAUCUUCACGAAGAGAAAGGAGUAGUACACAGAGAUAUUAAGCCAGAGAAUUUAUUAUUUUCCCCCAUACCCAUAAUUCCAACAAAAAAUCCGAAAGCAAAAUCGCCCGAAGACGAAGAGAAGAUGGACGAAGGAGAAUUUGUACCUGGUCUCGGUGCAGGAGGAAUUGGGCAGAUAAAAAUCGCAGACUUUGGCUUGAGCAAAAUUGUCUGGGAGUCUUCGACAAUGACACCGUGCGGAACUGUCGGAUACACUGCCCCAGAAAUUGUCAAAGAUGAAAGAUAUUCUAAAAGUGUUGAUAUGUGGGCGAUGGGAUGCGUUUUGUACACCUUACUUUGUGGAUUUCCGCCCUUCUAUGAUGAGAGUAUUCAGCUGCUCACGGAAAAAGUUGCAAAAGGUCAAUAUACAUUUCUAUCCCCGUGGUGGGACGAGAUCUCCAAGUCAGCCCAAGAUCUCGUGUCACACCUCCUUACCGUUGACCCAGCAAAGCGAUAUACCAUUAAAGAAUUCCUUGCACACCCAUGGAUUAGGAAUAGCAAAGAACCUACAUAUGCAGCUAUGGACGCUCCACCACUUGCAACUCCUGCUGUUGAACGCCAAGCACAACUCGGUGGACCUUUACGUGCCUUUCAACCUGAUAUCUUACAAGCACAGGGAGGAAGGCGCAUGGAUUUCCGAUCCCCAGGUGCUGUUAACCUACGUGAAGUCUUUGAUGUUGGAUACGCAGUACAUCGACAGGAAGAAGAGGCAAAAGCCCGAAAAAACUUUGGUCCAGCGUAUCGAGGUGCUGCAGCUAUGAAUAUUCUCAAUCCAAUUGAUGAUGAAGAAGAGUUUUCUGAAGAAGAGAGUGGAGUCACGUCUAAAAACGUACACAGCGAUCUGACAAAGGUUGAACAGGACUUGAAGAGCAUAGAUCUAAGUACUAGUCGAUCACAACAACAAAGAUCCACCUGCCAACAAGGUGGAUCAGCUACAAAGCCACGAUCUCAGAACCGGAGUGGUAUGUUUGAGUUAAAUCUUGAGGGCGCUACUCUUUUAAGCAGAAGAGGCAUAAAGGGGCCCAGCUCUUUAAGAGAAACAAUGAUUGCACAAUAG